AUGCCUUCUAACAAACGAAAGGGCAGCACGCCCAAGAAGCCUUCAGCAGCAGCAGCGACUCCUGCUUCCGCUUCUGCCUCCACCCCAGCUGCUAUCAACGGCGCCACACCCACCCGCGGUACUACCAGCGUCAACGGCAAACCUCUGACAAAGACCCAAGCUGAAGUCGUCGCCGAGUACCGUCGCUAUGCAGAAGAGAAACGAGCUGGCCAGAUUGACCCCAAAAACUACGCCCGCACUCCCAAGUCGGGUCUUGUUGUCCUUGUCAUUCUCGCCAUCUUCUCAUUCCUUGGCGCCGCCACGCUUCAUCUUCACUACAAGCUUCCGACUCCUCGUGCCUCGACAACCAUUCUCGCUUCCGGUGUGACACCUGCUGAUGCUGCUGCGUACCACCCUCCCAUUCCAGGUGUGGUCCCUGCCAAUGCAGCCGAUGAGACCGACAAAUUCCACGAGCUCUUCUCUGAAGGCAACGCCGUUGGCGUCAUGCACCACCUCUCCGUCGAUGUAGGCUACCGUAUCGUCGGGACAAAGGAGCAUUUGGAAGCCGAGAAUUGGCUCGAAGGUGUUCUCCGUCGCUUCCAAGGUUACCACAACACUGGCACUCCCGACAAACCAGGUCGAACCCAAGUCGAGGUGUACAAGCAGAUCGGCGAUGGCGCUCAUCGUUUCGAUUUCAUGUCCAACGUCGUGUGGAAGCGAUACUACUCCAUGUCCAACCUCGUCGUUCGUAUCUCGGACGGUACCGAUGAAAGCAAGACCAACAGUCUCCUGCUGAAUGCUCAUCUCGACAGCACCCUCCCCAGUCCAGGUGGAGCUGACGACGGCGUUGGUGUCGCUAUCCUCCUCGAAGCUCUUCGUGUCUUGACUCUGCCCAACACCGGUCGCAAGCUUUACAACUCUGUCGUGCUACUCUUCAACGACGGCGAAGAAUCGCUUCAGGAUGCAAGCCAUCUUUACAUCACUCAGCACAACGAGACCAACUCUGGCGUUAAGGCGGUUGUCAACUUGGAAGCUUGCGGUACCAGUGGUCCUGAGCUUCUCUUCCAAGCUACAAGUCAAGAGAUGAUCGAGGCCUACUCGCACGUACCUCAUCCCUUCGGCACUGUUCUUGCCAACGACGUCUUCUCCACUGGUCUUAUUCUGUCGGAUACCGACUUCCGCCAGUUUGUCGAGUACGGAAAGGACCUCACGGGACUGGACAUGGCUCUGGUCGGCAACUCCUACCUCUACCACACACGCAAAGACAUUCCUACCUACCUUGAACCAGGUGCGACCCAGCAUUUCGGCGAAAACACAUUUGCUAUCAUCGAACAUCUCUGUCUCAAAAACUCCAGCUCCACUCUCCUCCGUAACAUUCAACCCUACCAAUCACGUCACACCCUUCCCGUAUACUUCUCGAUCGCAGGAAAAUACUUGAUCCUUAUCCAGAACAAGGCCUUCAAGAGUCUCGUCAUGGGUUUGUCCGCGUUUAUCAACUUCCAGCUCUCCUCGAUCGUUCGUUCGGAGAAAGAUAUUGGUGCGCUCAACCUUACCAUCUUGAGUGCCAUCUCUGUGAUUUUCUCCAUCCUCGGUGCAGCGCUAGGAGCCAACGGUGUUGCAUUUAUUAUGACAAAAGUGCUUGGAAAGGGAAUGUCUUGGUACACGCACGAGUUUUUGCCUAUCCUGCUCUACACUCCUCCCGCGAUUGCGGGUCUGCUUGUUGCCCAGCUGCUCACUUCGAAACUUGUCAAGCCUCACCGACGACCCUACUUGGAACGAUCGAGUCUCUCGGGCUUGGCGAUUUUCUUCAAUCUCAGUCUGCUCGCGAUGAACGCGUUUGGGAUCGGUAGUGCCUAUCUUAUGAUGCUUGCUUCCUUGACGUUUACUUUGGUUACAACCAUCAACGACUUUGUGCUGAUUGGGAUGGGACAGAUAGAGGAGAAGCUAGUGGCACCUGACAACCGCGUUUCGCCGUGGGUGUAUGGUAUUAUGACCAUCAUUCCCGGUAUUGUUGGGGUUGAGGGUAUGGCGAGUUUCUUGGACCUUUUCGUUCCUCUGACGGGUAGGAUGGGAGAGAUUUCACCUGCGGAUCAUAUCAUUGCCAGCAUUGUUGCUGGGUUGGCGUUUAUGUCUUUCCCCUUUGCGAUUCCUCUUGCGCAUAGGUAUACUUGCCAAAACCUGAAGAAGACGAUCCUGGCGCUACUGGCUAUCACUGCGGCAGUGAUGGCAGUUUUCGCCAGCCCUGGGUGGAAGCCUUUCGAUCAAGCCCAUCCUAAGCGACUCUUUGUGCACCAGGUGGAAAACAUUACUUCAGGAGAAUGGUUUAUGAACGUUGGUGCAGCAGACCCUGCUCCGGGAUUCAAGAACCUCGCUAACGAGUUGCAAUCCGAACUCGGCAUCGCCACUGAAAGCCAAGCCCAGCUGAAGGAGAUGAACGAUUACAACUCGGACUUUGACAUUCUCUAUCCCGUCUCCGCCUUUGUUACCCCUUACAAGUUUCAACUCCCCCCUCCUCCCUCCUCUUCUGGCUUCACUACAAAAUACGCCUCCCCUGCGCCGGAAUCGAAUCACUUCACCGUCAAAGCCAGCAACGAAAUCCUCGAUCUUGAAUCCAACACACGCAGUCUCACACUUGAAAUGAAGCACGCUGGCAUCAUUUGGCCUGUCGUUGCAUUCGAUGCUGAAAUCCUCAGCUGGAACCUUCCCUCUGCUCCACCUACCGGAUACCAACGUCAUCACCUAAAGAGUGUUGCGAGACACGGCAUCCAUUCUUGGUCUGUAGACCUCGUUCUUCGUCUCCAACCAGACGCGGCUGAAGCGGCGAAGAAGAGAAGCGGUAUCGUUUCCAAGUUGAAGAAAGUUGUCGGCGGAGAAGGAAAGUUGAUCUCGACAAAGCAGGGAGAAGGGAAGGUGGAUAGAGAUCCUUCCAGACUGUGGAUCGACGCAUCUGGGUUGGUGGCGGAUGAAAUGUUCCCUCAGCAUAGGGAGGUUGCUGGGAGGGAGAGACCUGCGAUGAACACUUUUGUGAAGAUGGACGGGUGGAUGCAGGAGAAGCAUCCGGAGGUGGAUGUGAUGAUGUUGACUGUUGUUGCUGGUGUCUUUGAGGCCUGA